AUGUAUGUGUUUGGAGAUUCUCUGGUAGAUGUUGCUGAGAAAGUUGGGGUGCCAGUUCCACCACCGUAUCUUUCCCUGCUGUCAGAGUAUAGAAACAACACGGUGAAGUUCCAGACUGGUGUUAACUUCGACUCUGCAGGUCACUCUGUUACAGACAAGCUCCUACCAAAAUCAAUCUUUGCCAUUAUCAUUGGGAGCAUUGACAUUUAUACAUUUGCUAAAUCAUCCAAUCUUCGCAGCAUUGCAACCCCUACAAAGUAUGUUAAGUCGAAGGCUAAUGAACUUGCAAAACCAACAGAGGUAGUUAACAAAGCAGUACUAAUUUACUUCCAAAACAUUUCAAUGAGGGUAGGAGCUCUGGGAUGCACCCCUUGGCAAAGAGUUGAGAGCGAAUCUGAAGAAUGCGAUGUAGAGUUGAACAUCAUGUCACAUAUGUACCAUUACGCUCUGACUUCACAUUUAAAGGAAUUGCAAUCAAACUUGAAGGACUUUCACUACUACACCUUCAAUGCUUGA